AUGCACAUGAACCAUCCAUCAAACCGCAUCGACGGGCCAUACCAAGAGUUGCCCGAAGAGGAGCACAGCCCAGGCCUCUGGGGUAAUUCCUGGACACAGCAAGGGCAGCCACCCGCCAGGCUGCAAGAGAUUCACGAAUCCGACGUCAGCUCCGAGUAUUCCGGCUCCGAAGGCGCAGAGCCGCCGCACGACUUUCAUGAGAUACGAACGAACAAUCAUAAUAGCAUGGAGAGCCUGAACAGAACGUACAAACAACAGGAUGAGACGGCACUGGAGUACCAAAGAAAGGCUCGAGAUCUACUGAGGAGGGCUCAGCAAAAGUUGGAAAUGAUUGCGUCUGAACUCAGAAAUCAUCGGAAGGACAAGGCAGAAAACACAGCCCCAUCUGAAGAGUCGCCUUGA